AGACCGAGAACAGACCGGAGCACACGCUGCAGUAGGAGCACCGAGGAGCGGACUGAACGGAGCAAGCAGUCCCGGGGGAAAGUGACGCGAACAAUGGCUCAACGACGGUCCACGCGCACUGGAAAUACCAAAAUAAGUCUACCUGGACUUUUUGCAUCACUUUUUUACUUAUUUACACGUGUGGGCAGCAGCCAGGUCACUGUCCCCGAGAAGAUCAACGCGGUUCUGGGCAGGAACAUCACUCUGAGCUGCCGGAUUGAGGUGGGCUCCAAUCUGAGUCUGACCCAGAGCUCAUGGGAACGCCGGCUCCCCACGGGCACCGCCACCCUGGCAGUGUUCAACCCUGAGUACGGAACAUCAGUGUCACCGGAGUAUUCGCGCCGCGUGUCCUUCGUGUCCCCCUCAGUACGUGACGCAACCAUCGUCCUGGAGCGGGUAGGCUUCGAUGACAUCGGCUCUUACACGUGCAAAGUGGCCACCUUCCCCCUGGGCAACACGCAAGCAUCCACCUAUGUGAAUAUAUUGGUGGAGCCAAAGGUGUAUGUGUCUGCGGGCCCCACGGCACUCAUGGACGGGGCCAAUGAGUCCCUGGUGGCCACGUGCAUCGCAGAGAGAGGCCGUCCAGCUGCUGAGGCUUUCUGGGAGACGGAUCUGCAGGGGCGUAGUGAGAGCCAGAGCCAAGACGAGGCAGACAGCACCACGUCUGUACACGUGCACUAUAUGUGGCAUCCCCAGAGCUCCGCCCAGGGCCGCGUGCUCACCUGUGUGGUCAAACACCCAGCCCUGCAGACAGACUUCCGCAUCCCCUUCACACUCAAUGUGCACUUUGCACCAGUGGUAUCGAUCAAGGGCAUAGCUCAGAACUGGUACGUGGGCCAGGAGAAUGUGAAGUUUGACUGUGGGGCCAAAGCCAACCCACCAGCGCGCUACUACACCUGGAUCAGACUGGAUGGGCAGAUGCCAGAGGGAGUGCACAUCUCCAACAGCACAUUCGCCUUCACCCGAGCGCUGGACCGUAAUGACUCUGGAGUGUACCGCUGUGAGGUCAUGAACGACAUCGGCCUACGAAGCAAAGACGUCAAUCUCUGGGUGCAAGACCCUCCUCCCACCACCGCCGCCCCCACCACCCCAUCCCUCCUGACCUCGAGAGCAGGCACCGACCAGCCACGCGCCCAGUUUUCCUCCCCAACCUUGGCCCCUGUCCCAAAUUCCACCCUGGGCACUAUCGUGGGUGGGGCCGUGGGCGGAGUUCUGCUCCUCGUCCUCCUCCUCAUUCUGGGCGUGGUCUGCUACAUGCGCCAACGACGUACAUUUAGGGGCGACUACUACACCAAGCAGUACCUGGGUCCCUCUGAUAUGCAAAAAGAAGCCCAACUAGAUGUGCUCCAACGCCACGAGCUACAGGAAGUCUACGGGGACAAAACUAGCAAAGGCAGCCAGGAUUUGAAACCGAAACUGAGCGGAGAGAUUAUUUACCCCGAAUAUAAAGAGCGAGACGAGUGGGUGGACAGAGGAGACGUUAAGCAGAGGAGCCUUAAAGAUCCAAACUACUAUCCCAACCAUUACAACAACCUCAACAUGCACCCGUGUGGUCCCCCGGUACACAGCAACAUGAACAACGGCUCCCCCUACGUGCCGGAGGACUGCUAUGACAAUGCCACAGACAGCGACUACGUGUCUCACAUGGAUGGCUCUGUGAUUUCACGUCGAGAGUGGUACGUUUAAACUGAAAAUAAAACAAAAACAGGACAAAAACGCUAAUAGCAUUGACACGUGCUGCCUUGAUCGUAACCACUGGACCUUAAAGGGGUUGGACUAAGAGCGGAGUGCCUAUGUGGGCUUGUAAGAGAGGUUUUUGUUGUACUGGACACUUCGCACCUGUCGCUGUUUGGGGCCUGUCCAGAGCCUUCUUGGUGCCCCCCCCCAAAGUCUGUCCCGCUUCUCGUAAAUACUUAAGCAAACUACCAAUCUCAGCUGAAAUCACUAUCAGGGCUGCAAAUCGUGUUAAGAGCCAACUGGAGGUAUAGGCAGUAGGCAGUGGUGGAAAGUAAUCAAGUAAAAGUAGUAACGUACUUUACUUAAGUACAUUUUAAAGUGGAUACUUUUUACUUUUACUUCACUACAUUUGAGAGCAGGUAUCUGUACUUUCUACUCUACUACAUUUUUGAACAGGACUGAAAAGUAAAAGUAUUUUUUAUUAUUGUCUGAGAUCUGCUGAAUUGUUUUUUUUUUUAACACAUUCAUAAUUUGAACAAACAAAAAUAUACAAAUAAAAACAAGAUAGAAAAAAAAAAACGAUUGAUUCAGUUCAACAAAAUUCAGCUCAAAUCUUUAUCAAAAUUACUACAUUUGAAGCCCAACUAGAUGUGUCUCAGAAUCUGUGCAAAAUACUUUUUACAGUUACUUUUUUUUUUUUACUUUUUCCUCUUUAAGUACAUUUUUAAAUGGGUACUUUAAUACUUUUACUUAAGUCAGUUUUUUUCAUGAGAUACUUUUACUUGAGUAUUUUUUACUCCAAUAUCUGUACUUUUACUUAAGUAACAAAAUGGAGUAGUUCCACCACUGACAGUAGAGGGCUAAGACUGCAGAUGGUGAUAUACUGUGUUUGCUGUGUCCUGAGGAAUAGAGCAUGAAACGUCUGGACAAGUCUCUGUUGUGAAAUUGAGCAAUGAUCCUUGAUAGUAAUUAUCUGAAGUAGGUAAGCUAGUAAAGAAUUCUAUUUCAUUUGUGGUUAAAUUUGGGAUUUGCAGUGUUACAUAUUCAAAAACCAUGAAGACUGAAAUCUGAACUUUAAACUAAUCCAAGAAUCCCCCAUUUCAGAACAUGUUUGUAGAGUCUAAACUAUGGGGUUAGCAGCUUUUACACAGAACAUUUUGUUUGUUUGAGUUCUAGACAAAUAUCACUCAAACAUGUGUGAAUGAACCAAAACACACCUACAGGUAUGUUUUUGAGGAGGUAACAUUAUAACACGGUUUAAAGCUCACAAGAGUCUAUUUUGGACCUUAAAACAUGUAGGACCUUAAAAUAUUUCUGAUUCUACUUCUUAUUGGCCUCCCUUUAAGAAGCACAUUGCAUCUGAACAGUGAACAGCUAGUCUAAAACUGUGUGUGUAUAAUCUAUAAUAUAAUAUAUAAAAUCAUCUCCCAAAACACCUAAUUUCACUUGGGUUUCAGAGCCGAGCAUUUGGCGUGAGUCCUUUUGGCGCUCAGGCUCCUUCUGCAUUCAUUCAACAACACUUUAUAGAAGACAGAGCUGCUUUAAAUCAUAUUUAGUAAAUCUCGAGUAUACUUGAGCAGAUAUUAAAACAGUGUCUCGUUGUUCUCAGUCACAUAGAGAAAGGAAGCCCUCGCAGUCACAUGAGCUGGAACAACUUGAAAUACACUCAUUGGAGCAGUUUUGUGUGAAAGUAUUUGUUACGUUGGGUUAUUAUCGACAACAUAGAGUAUUCUUCAGUACAUGUGUAGUUUUUGAAGUAGUAGCAGAGACUAAGCUUCACCUGGUUCAAAUGUUGUAAUAAAUGUUUCUCCACAAACACUUUCCAACCUUUAACUGAAGAAAAUCCUGUAAACUCCAUGUGUGUUUGUACACUGCAAAAAUAAGAAUAUCGGAGUUACAACUUGAACUCAGAAUAUUUAAAUAUUUGCCUUAAUUCAGAUUGAUUUUGUUUUUAUGUCUUGUGUCAAACAGUCCUGGUGCAGUGAGGCUGACUGGUGGACCAAUCAUAGAGUAGUAGUAUAGUAAAUACUAUCAUAAUUAUCAUUUAAAAAUGCAUUGAAAUCAGUUAUGAAUACUACACCUACAACAUAAACACAUCAAAACUCUUCCAGACUAAUCAAAAAUAUGACGUUAUCUGCACUCAUGUUGAAUGUUCUGUUUUGCAGUGCAGUCCUAGUUGCCAUAGUAGCUCAAAUGUUGACUCGUCUAAAUGACUUAUUCUCACCCUGUCCUAUACACACAAACUAAACUCCAUUUUAAACGUGCUCCCUCCUGCUCUAUCCUCCCCCCCUCCAGCCUGCUCUUGGACAGGGACGGUGUUUUGACAGUUACCCGAACAUGAAAGUUCCUAGCCGGGUGCUGCGUCGUCUCCUCUCCCUCGUGAUAACAGGCUCCCACCCGUCCCAGUGCUUCUAUUUGUGAUUUGAAGCACAUACUUAUUAAUCCCAGAUGUGAGGAGCACAGCUGUCUUGUGGCUCCAUAAACCGCUGCCAUUUUCACUGCUCCCGAUCAGCCCUCCAAAGUCAAUAGUCUCACACCUCGUCUCACACGUACACUCCAAAAAGCUAAUCUAGGGACUUUUUUUUAUUUUAUUUAACCUUUAUUUAACCAGGAAGGUCCCAUUGAGAUUAAAAACCUCUUUUUCAAGGGAGUCCUGGCUAAGCAGCAGCAAAUAAAAAAUACAGUUACUUAAAUGACUUCAGUUCUGAAUAUUUACUCAUUGGGUUUUUGACCUGUCUUUAACUAUAUCAAAAUAGCACAAGUAGAUUUGUUUAAAGCUCUUGAAUUCAAAAUGUUUUGUUGAUAUUUUAAUUUGAGUUGUGUGAACUAAUAGCCCACACUGAUCUCAGAUAUUUGGUUUGCUGUUGUGGCUGAUAACAAUAUGGAGCCUUUAAAAUCCAUAGUACAGACCAAAUGUAUGUGAAGUUAUAGUGAAGUUUAGUCAUUACUGAGGACAAACGGUGACUGACACAAGCACACGCAAAGACUGGGACAGAUAAAGAUAUCAGUGCCAAAUAUCAGCUUAAUUGUCUAUAUCGGGCCGAUAUCUGGUGAAAUCUCAUGAUAUCCCCAAUAUUAAUAAUAAAAGAUAAACAAUCCUUAUUAAGCUUAGAUAGUUAUGAUUUUUCAGUAGAUUGAGUUGAACAUAACUGGUGGAUUUAUGUUUAAAAUGAUCCUACAGACACCAAUGAGAAAGAGGAUUUGAACUGGUUUAAUCACGGAGAUUAUAUGUGUGAUUUAAAUUAUAACUGGCUAAAAAUACAAAAUUCCAACUUUGUGAGAAAAAGAACAAGAAUCUUUAAAUGUCACCCAAGCAGACCUAAGUGAGUUCAUUCUUAAAUUACAUAUCUACUCAAGCGAUUCAUAACAAUUUAAAAACUAAAAUAGGUUGAUCUAAUGUUCAACCUAUUUUUGUUAAUGUUAUUCUUAAAUUAAGAGUAACCCUGUAAAGUUAAAACUACAGUAUGCAAUUUUUUAGCAAAUAGGGUUUUCAGUUUGGUUGUAUUUAUUGUAAUGAAAAACAUCCUUACUGUGAGCAGGCUUGCAUCUCUACAAACCUGACUCUUAUUUGGCCUGGAGGACUUUCCAUAGAAAUGUUGUCCCUUUGGCUAUAACGUUCCACAGUAUGGCAUAAAAGUGAUCUAUCUCCAUGGCGACUGUUCCAAAGUACACUUUUAACAUUUUAUUUGCAUGGAAUUAAGCAGGAAGUUACAUACUGUAUCUUUAAGUCAUUUGAAUUCAUCACAUAAUAUUUUGCAGUGCAGAUGUUUGGCCUUCACUUUAUCUCGCUGCCAUUUUGUGAAGUUGGGAUGACGUCACCUCAGAUCACAGGCUAGGCUAAUGGCUAGGCUAAUGCUACGGUUGGGUUUGGCUGCUUCACUGUUCCUCCACAGAUCAUGGAAAGAGGAAAUAUAAUACUAGACUUAAAGAAAUCACAGGCUCCCAGUGGAGGAACAGCAAACAGCACAUCCAGACAAGAGCGCAUUCAGACAGAGCAGUGACUUCACAAUGACAUCAUCUUCUGUGUUCUUAGGCCACGUCUCCUCAGGAUCAGAAAGAUGCAUGGAUCAAAGUUCAACAGGGAAAACAGGAACGCUAGUUUUGGAACAAUCCCAUUUUAGAAAGAAACGCUAAAGGAAAACUAAAAGAGGAGAUCAGACAGACAAAGACACUAGAAAGUUCUGUUCAUUAAAAUAGGAACGAGCAGUUUAAAAGUUGACUUGUUGCCAUUGGAAACAACAUUUAAAGGUGCCCUAUGUAACCUUUCUGGUGGUGUGUACUGCCUGCUUGUCUCCAGGGUGAUGUCACUGCAGUAUGGAGAGAAGCAGGUGAUGCCAUCAGGCCAAGUUAUUGGUCAGAUCUGUGAAGAGGUGAGCCUAUUCACAGUAAAAAAAUGCACAAUCCUGUAGUGGAAUGAAGGCCACAUUGAUAAGUAAAAUUCAACACUGUGGAACAUUUCAAACUAAUAACAUCUCUAUGAGGACGGAUCCCCCAACAGAAAAGCCAAAGCCAUAGCGUUCCUUUAGGAUUUAGUCUUUAAUGUUGAAUCAGCUCCAUCUGACCUGUUUUGGGACCAGUUGUGAAUUGUGUGAUCCUCUUCAGCUGAAUUAUGAAAUUUAAAAAUAAUUAUCAUUUUGAGUAUAAAAUGUCAGUAUAUUCAGGAUUUUUUAUUUAAAUAUCCUAUAAAACAGUACACUAAUUUUGUUUGUAACUCAUACAACAGUUACAUUAAUACAAAAAAACCCCAAAACAACAACAUUCAAAUCUUCACUUAAAACAGCUCCACAAAACUGAAACUUGUCACUGGAAAUAUCUUUGGCUGUUAUUCCAGCUGUGAAAAAUGUGGACCCACCACGAGCCUGAAUGCCCACUGCCCUUCAUCUUUUUGGGGUUUUGGUGUUCCGCCCUGUACCCCCCAACUACUAAACUAAAUCAUAUCUGAAGGACCUGCAAGAAACAAAAAUGUUCAAAUAAUUUCAUAUUGUCAACAUAAAGUUCAAGUCACUUUAGACUUACUCACAGUGGGAAGAGGAACCACAACUUUUACUCAAAUAAGAGUCCUGUUACUUCAAUACAAAUAUUACUCAAGUAGGAGUAAAAGUAUGCUUUAAAAAGUUACCCACAUCUGUUUAUAAGUCACUGAACGGCCUCUGUACUCUUAAAGGUCACUUAUUGCACAUUUUGUCUUUGGAGGAGCUUCUAUUCUUUUCAAGGCUGUGCAUCUCCAUCCAGGCAAAACACACUGCAGUCCACCUAAAGAACUGCUGACUCAUCUCAGCUGCACCGGCAUAAUUUAACCACAAGAGUCAUUUGGAAUAAAUAACCUGCCGGGUUUAGACGACAUAAGGCUGGGCACAUUUAGAGCGAGGUCCAGGCGAGUAACACCAACGUAACACCAAAAAAACAAAUCGACCAAUUACUUGAUGAUGAAAAUACAGCGCUAAAGUCAGUAUUAGCUUGUUCUUUAGCAAAUCAGUGAAAUUCAAGGCAGAUGCUAACUGUGUGUUUUCAAUUUACAAGUCAAGUCUAAAACUAGAUUCUAAAGUUUUGCUUUGUCUACAGUGGUCACAAAUAUUUGUCAAGAAAAAAAUAAUAAUCUGUUUAUAAUUUGGAUGUGCAGCCUUUUUUUCCCCUCAAAUUUCAGAACUUAUAUUUAGACAAAUUCAAUCUCAGAACAGACAUGGAAUGACUCAGGUUUGGGAUGACACAGAAAAGACAAAAUAAAAAUGUUAUCAGAAUGACUUGAAUUCUAAAUAUUUCCCAUUUUAAACAAUAUUUUCAAGUCAAAUUAUCGUAAUUAGGAGCAAUUUUCUCACAUUUAAAAAUAACUCUGGAAAAUCCUACUUGACUAAAUUAAUCUCUAUUGCAAAACUUCAAAACAAAAUGUUGUGGAUGUAAAAAAAAUGUCUGAAUUUAAGACAUUUUCACAAUUGAAGAGAUUCAUUUUUGCAGUGCAUAACAAACAGAUCAUGGCACCAGAUAAACAGUUAAAACUGCACUGUAUAGCUUUUCUGUUGGAGUCUGCCUCCUGCUUGUCUCGAUGAAGAUAUUAUUGAUUUACCUAGAAUGUUCCACAAUAUGGCAUUAAAGCUGUCUUAAGUCAUUGCUAUGGGAACACUUCUCACCUGCUUCUCUCCAUGGACAUAUGUAACUUUAAUGUCGUUAGGGUUGUCAAUUGAAUUGAAACUCAGAUACUAAUCGAUACUAAAACUAGUAUCGGUAUAAAGAAUUUAGUCUUUUCCUCCAGGUUAAAUGAUUACACCUCCACAGCACACAGUGCAGCUUUAAUAGCGACUUGUGAAAACGACCCCGGCCCUGUCACAGUGAGGAAUGUUUAGCUGAUGCAUGUGUAAAUUAAGUUAUAAGUUGUUUAUAUGUCUGUACAUAGAACGUUUGUAUCUUAUUAUUUUGUAUGUGGACUUUGUGAAGCCUUCUGACGAGCUGGUGCCUUAUACGGCCUCAACAAUGCACACAGAGACUUUCAAAAUCUGGACACGAGGCUAUCUGCUAUGUGUCUUCCACUGUCAUAUUUAAAAUGAUCUUUCUCCAAACAUGGACUAGACCAGUGGACGGCCUUCGCUUUGACACGUAACGCCCGAGUUACAGAAGACCGACCACUUAGAAGAGAGGAAAAGCCAGACGAGGAAAUACGUGAUGGCCCUGUACAUAUGCUGGCAUUUUUUAUUAUUAUGAGGAAAAGAAUCUUAUUUUUUGUAGCUGUUUGGUUUGUUUGUUGAGGAGUGCUGUUUGGGGUUUCUGACUGAAUGUGAGGUUGGUUUUGUUCCUGGUUUGCAAUAAAAAGAUGAUUAUU